AGGGGGGAGAGAGCGGCAACAAUAUGGCGACAACCGCAGUUUCUCCACGAUCCUCCCCGCAUCCGCAGUCCUGCCACGACUCUCCGGAUUCACUGUAACCCUCGCAAAAGCUCCUACUGUGACCGGUCCAAACCUCAUGACCAGGUAGCUGCAGGAUGAAAACAUGGCUGCACCCCUUAUCGCACCGCCAGGACCUGAUAGCUUCAGGAAGUUUACGAGGGAAUCUUUGGUGGUCCUUGAGCAGCGCUUCAAAGAGGAGAAGAGCAAGAAGCCGCCCAAGCAGGACAGCAGCUACCGCGACGACGAUGACGAGAACAAGCCCAAACCCAACAGUGACCUGGAGGCUGGGAAAAGCCUCCCCUACAUCUACGGGGACAUCCCUAAAGGAAUGGUGACGGUCCCACUGGAUGAUCUGGAUCCAUUCUACCUGAAUUCUCAGAAAACAUUUAUAGUGCUAAAUAAAGGGAAGACAAUCUUCCGUUUUAGUGCCACACCUGCCUUGUACUUCAUAAGUCCUUUCAAUCCGGUUAGGCAAAUAGCUAUUAAAAUUUUGAUACAUUCUCUUUUCAGCAUGAUCAUCAUGUGUACUAUUUUGACCAACUGUAUAUUCAUGACCUUUAGUGAUCCUCCUGAGUGGUCGAAACAAGUAGAGUACACAUUCACAGGAAUUUAUACAUUUGAGUCUCUUGUAAAAAUCACAGCUCGUGGGUUCUGUAUAGACAAUUUUACAUUCCUAAGAGAUCCAUGGAACUGGCUGGAUUUCAUGGUCAUUUCGAUGGCGUAUAUAACAGAGUUUGUAAACCUAGGCAAUGUCUCAGCUCUGCGCACGUUCAGGGUGUUGAGGGCAUUGAAAACUAUUUCUGUAAUUCCAGGCCUAAAGACCAUUGUGGGUGCCCUGAUCCAGUCUGUGAAGAAGCUCUCGGACGUGAUGAUCCUGACCGUCUUCUGCUUGAGUGUCUUUGCCCUGAUUGGUCUCCAGCUCUUCAUGGGCAAUCUGCGCCAGAAGUGUGUGAUCUGGCCAAUCAACCUUAACGAGACUUUCCUGAACAACGGCAGCAAGGGCUUUGACUGGGAGGAGUACAUCAACAACGACACCAAUUUCUACUUCCUGCCUGGCCAGUUGGACGCUCUGCUUUGUGGGAACAGUUCCGACUCUGGCCGCUGCCCGGAGGGCUAUACAUGCAUGAAAGCUGGGAGGAAUCCAAACUACGGCUACACCAGCUUUGACAGCUUCGGCUGGGCCUUCCUGGCUCUCUUCCGACUUAUGACGCAGGACUUCUGGGAAAAUCUUUACAUGCUGACCCUGAGGGCUGCAGGAAAGACCUACAUGAUCUUCUUCGUCCUGGUGAUCUUUGUGGGCUCGUUCUACUUGGUGAAUCUGAUUCUGGCUGUGGUUGCCAUGGCAUAUGAGGAGCAGAACCAGGCCACCAUGGAGGAGGCUGCACAGAAGGAGGAAGAAUUCAAGGCCAUGCUUGAGCAGCUGAAGAAACAGCAGGAGGAGCAGACUGCUCCCCCUGCGACCUCCGCUGGCACAGUGUCAGAGGAUGCCGUGGAGGACGAUGGAGGAGGGCGCCUGUCUGUCAGCUCCUCUGAGAUGUCAAAGCUCAGCUCAAAAAGUGCCAAAGAGCGUCGCAACCGUAAAAAGAAGUGGCGGCAGAAGGAGCAGGAGAAGGAGAAGGGCGACAGCGAGAAGUUUGUCAAGUCAGAGUCAGACGACGGCAGCAAAAGGAGCCGCUUCCGUUUUCCUGAUAACCGUCUGGGUCGAAAGUCUUCCAUUAUGAACCAGUCUCUCCUGAGCAUACCCGGCUCGCCUUUCCUCUCCCGUCACAACAGCAAGAGCAGCAUCUUUAGUUUUAAGGGCCGUGGUAAGGACAUGGGCUCGGAGACUGAGUUUGCUGACGACGAGCACAGUACGGUGGAGGAGUGCGAGGAGCGCCGCGGCUCCCUCUUCAGCCCGUACCGGCGGAACAGCUACACCGGCUUCCACGGGAAGAGGAACAGCACGGUGGAUUGCAAUGGAGUAGUGUCACUCAUUGGCCCCGGGCCUGGUGGACGCCUUCUGCCAGAGCCAACAACUGAGGUUGAGGUGAAGAAGAAGCUGUCGGGCUCCCUGAUGGUGUCUGUGGACCAGCUCAAUACCUCCUUUGGGCGGAAAGAGCGGGCCAACAGUGUCAUGAGCGCCAUUACCAACACACUAGCGGAGGAACUGGAGGAGUCUCAGCGCAAGUGUCCCCCAUGCUGGUAUAAGUUUUCUAACACAUACCUGAUCUGGGAAUGCAGCCCUUUAUGGAUUAGGAUCAAGGAGAUUGUAAACCUGAUAGUGAUGGAUCCCUUUGUGGACUUGGCCAUUACUAUCUGUAUUGUCCUCAACACCCUCUUCAUGGCCAUGGAGCACUACCCCAUGACGACUGACUUUGAGGACAUGCUGUCUGUAGGCAAUCUGGUAUUCACAGGGAUCUUUGCAGGAGAGAUGCUUUUAAAGCUUGUGGCCAUGGAUCCUUACUACUACUUCCAGGAGGCGUGGAACUGCUUUGAUGGAUUUAUUGUAACACUGAGUUUAGUGGAGCUGGCUCUGGCUGAUGUUGAGGGUCUCUCUGUGCUGCGGUCAUUCCGACUGCUGAGAGUGUUUAAACUGGCAAAGUCUUGGCCCACCCUCAACAUGCUGAUUAAGAUCAUUGGUAACUCAGUGGGAGCAUUGGGAAACCUGACUCUGGUGCUGGCCAUCAUCGUCUUCAUCUUUGCUGUUGUGGGCAUGCAGCUGUUUGGAAAGAGCUACAAAGACUGUGUGUGUAAGAUCGCUGAAAACUGUGAGCUGCCCCGCUGGCACAUGAACGACUUCUUCCACUCUUUCCUGAUCGUCUUUCGGGUGUUGUGUGGCGAGUGGAUUGAGACCAUGUGGGACUGCAUGGAGGUGGCAGGCCAGGCAAUGUGUCUCGUCGUCUUCAUGAUGGUCAUGGUCAUAGGUAACCUUGUGGUCUUGAACUUGUUCCUUGCCUUGCUGCUGAGCUCGUUCAGUGCGGACAACUUGGCUGCGACGGAUGACGACGGCGAGCCCAACAAUCUGCAGAUUUCCGUCAUGCGCAUCAAGAAAGGCAUUGCUUGGAUAAAAUCGAAGAUGCGAAGGUUGAUGGCGAGUCUACUGAGAAAACCACCAAUGGAGGACGAGCAGAAGCCUCUGGAUGACAUGUAUGACAAGAAGGUGAACUACAUUGGAAAUCACACAGGAGUGGACAUCAACCGUGACCUGGACUAUGCCAAGAAUGGCAAUGGCACCACCAGCGGUAUUGGCAGCAGCGUGGGCAAGUAUAUGAUUGACGAGGACCACAUGUCGUUCAUCCACAACCCAAAUCUGACUGUUUGUGUGCCCAUCGCUGUGGGAGAGUCCGACUUUGAGAACCUCAACACAGAGGACUUCAGCAGUGAGUCAGACAUUGAGAACAGCAAAGAGCUGGACGACACCAGUUCCUCAGAAGGCAGCACCAUCGACAUCAAACCAGACGUAGAGGAGGUGGUAGUGGUGGAGACGGUGGAAGAAUACAUGGAACCAGAAGCCUGUUGGACAGAUGCCUGUGUGGCCAAGUAUAAAUGCUGUUACCUUGACAUCACUAUGGGCUGGGGGAAGAGCUGGUGGUUCCUGAGGAAAACCUGCUACCUGAUCGUGGAGCACAACUGGUUUGAGACCCUCAUCAUCUUCAUGAUCCUCCUCAGUAGUGGGGCUCUGGCAUUUGAGGAUGUGUACAUUGAGCAGAGGAAGACCAUUCGGAUAAUUUUGGAGUACGCUGACAGGGUUUUCACUUACAUCUUCAUCCUGGAGAUGCUGCUGAAGUGGGUUGCUUACGGUUUUGUGAAGUAUUUCACUAACGCCUGGUGUUGGCUGGACUUCUUCAUUGUGGAUGUGUCUAUAGUCAGCCUUGUAGCUAAUGCGCUGGGCUACUCCGAUCUAGGGCCCAUUAAAUCACUCAGGACACUAAGGGCCUUGAGACCCCUCAGAGCCUUGUCACGUUUUGAAGGGAUGAGGGUGGUAGUCAACGCCUUGGUGGGCGCCAUCCCUUCCAUUAUGAAUGUGUUGCUGGUUUGCCUCAUCUUUUGGCUGAUUUUCAGUAUCAUGGGGGUCAACAUGUUUGCGGGCAAGUACUACUACUGUUUCAAUGAGACGGCAGAGGAGUACUUUUCCGUCGAUGUGGUCAACAACAAGACCCAGUGCGAGGAGCUUAUCAAACAGAACUUUACUGAGGUCAGGUGGAAGAACGUCAAGAUCAACUUUGACAAUGUGGGCGCCGGAUACCUGGCCUUGUUGCAAGUGGCCACAUUCAAAGGCUGGAUGGACAUUAUGUAUGCUGCUGUGGAUUCCAGAGAGGUGGAAGACCAGCCCGACUAUGAAGUCAACAUCUAUAUGUAUAUCUACUUUGUUGUCUUCAUCAUAUUUGGUUCCUUCUUCACUCUCAACCUCUUCAUUGGUGUGAUCAUUGACAACUUCAACCAGCAGAAGAAAAAGUUUGGAGGUCAGGAUAUCUUUAUGACAGAGGAACAGAAGAAGUACUACAAUGCUAUGAAAAAGUUAGGGUCUAAAAAACCACAAAAGCCUAUUCCUCGACCACAGAACAAAGUCCAGGGACUGGUGUUUGACUUUGUAACACAGCAAGUCUUUGACAUCUCCAUUAUGAUACUAAUCUGCCUCAACAUGGUCACCAUGAUGGUGGAGACAGACGAUCAGUCCGAACAAACAGAAAUGGUCCUCUACUGGGUCAACUUCAUCUUUAUUGUAGUCUUCACUACAGAGUUCCUGCUGAAGCUCUUUGCCCUGCGCCAUUAUUACUUCACAAAUGGGUGGAAUAUCUUUGAUGUGGUGGUGGUCAUCCUAUCCAUUGUAGGUAUGUUCCUGGCUGACAUCAUUGAGAAGUACUUUGUGUCACCGACCUUGUUCAGGGUGAUCAGAUUGGCUCGUAUUGGCCGUAUCCUUCGUCUCAUCAAAGGCGCUAAGGGCAUCCGGACUCUACUCUUUGCCUUGAUGAUGUCCUUGCCAGCUCUGUUCAACAUUGGCUUGCUGCUUUUCCUGGUCAUGUUUAUCUUCUCCAUUUUUGGCAUGUCCAACUUUGGCUACGUGAAACAUGGAGCGGGCAUUGAUGACUUGUACAACUUUGAAACAUUUGGCAAUAGCAUGAUCAUCCUGUUCAUGAUCACCACAUCCGCUGGCUGGGACGGUUUGCUACUUCCAAUCCUCAACUACCCACCGGACUGUGAUCCCAACUUGGAGAACCCAGGUACUUCAGUGAAGGGCGACUGUGGUAACCCCUCAGUAGGGAUCUUCUUUUUUGUCAUGUACAUAAUCAUUUCUUUCCUGAUUGUGGUUAACAUGUACAUUGCCAUCAUCCUGGAGAACUUCAGCGUGGCCACAGAGGAAAGCGCUGAUCCACUCAGCGAGGAUGACUUUGAAACCUUCUAUGAGAUCUGGGAGAAAUUUGAUCCCACUGCAUCUCAGUUUAUCAGUUUUGCCAAGCUGCCUGACUUUGCCGAUGCUUUGGAGCACCCACUUCGAGUGCCAAAGCCCAACACAAUAGAACUAAUAGCCAUGGACAUGCCGAUGGUGAGUGGUGAUCGCAUUCACUGCCUGGACAUCCUGUUUGCCUUCACAAAGCGUGUGCUGGGUGACAGUGGUGAGCUGGACAUGCUGAGGACGCAGAUGGAGGAGCGUUUUGUGGCAGCCAAUCCCUCUAAGGUGUCAUAUGAACCAAUCACCACCACCCUCCGCCGCAAACAGGAGGACGUUUCUGCCAGAACCAUACAGAACGCCUACCGUGCUCACCUCAUUAGGCGUGGCAUCAUCUUCAAGCGCAUUUUGUCCAGUAAUAGACUGGAGAAUGGAGGGACCAACCAAGACAAGAAAGAGAGCACACCAUCCACUGCCUCUUUGCCAUCGUAUGACAGCGUGACCAAACCCGACAAAGAGAAGCAGGACAAAAGUAAAGAAGAUUGGGCCAAAAAAGAAAAGGACAAAAAUCAAAAAGAAGAGUGGGAAUCCAAAUGUUAGGAUCCAGUGACUCAAAAUUCCAGUGAAACACAAUGAGAUGAGACUCUGAGCCCAGGCGCCCAACAAAUGUAGAAAAAAAAAAUCAUUAAGAGAAAAUGACAAAAACACAAAAAAUGUUUACAUACUCAAACACUACUGAGGCAAUGUGGUUUCCUAUGUCGUCAAAGACAGCUGAACCAAACACAAUCAGUUUACUGUGGAACUCCUGCUGCAUAGCGACCAAGUUCAUAGAGAUGGGGAGUAAAUACAAAAUAAAAAAAUAUUAAAAAACGUGACAGUGCGCUGGCCAAUGGCACACGUUUUUUGGGACCAACUGCCGCAGAAAUGCUAAAAGUAUCGUGAAAUACCUGCCACCACCAAGUGUGGAAUACCGCUGCAAAGCUCUACUGCUAUGGGACUGGAUCACACAGAUCCUGACAGAACUGUUUUACAGUCUAAUGUGGGUCCGUAACACUGAGUUUACCAAUCUUUAUCAAGAAGAUAAAAAUCAGCUAAGAAACUAGCUUUGAGGGACACGCUAUAGGAAGGGAGGUGUACAAACCAGUAGACAAAGAUUUUAUUUUUGUGUUCAUGCAGCGUAAACUGGCAUCUUAACCUUAUUUGAGCAGCAAAAAAAUAAGUAAUAUUUUGCAAACACAUCGCCAGUCUUUUCAUACUUUUUUUUUUGACGUUCAAAAAGACAUUUUCUACGCGGGCUGUCAUGCUGAGCAGGUGCGAGUCAUUAGUCAGUGUUUUGACGUGAGCUGAAGGAAGACUCGCUCAGUUGGAGUUCCAGAUAAAUAAUUUUUGUGCUUGUUCAAUGCAUAGAAAUGACUUGCAUGAAGGCAUGUUUUGAUCAGGAGUCAUGCAUGAGUAAUCAUAGUCCACAAGACACUAAUUCUCAGACCACUGCAGUGGAUUUGACUACAGGUUUGAGGCUGUCCACUGAGAAAGUUACACAAACGGAAAGUGAAGAUUUUGGAUUGUGAUGUAGGGAAUAUUUUUAGGAACUGUAUCCUACCUUUCACUGCCUUUGUUUUGGAACAGACGGAGGACUUUCUUCAGCUCCUAAUGGGAAGUGUAAACGCUCAUUCUCAGUUGGAUCAGCCAAGAGUGCAAUAGAAAAGUUUUUUGUUUUUUUUUUGCUGCUCUGGAUGUUGUUAGCGUAGAAAGAACGUGGAGUGUAUGAGUAUUAGAAAUUAGAAUAUCCUCAUGUUGAGGCUGCUCAGUUUACUUACAGCCAUCUAAAGGUUACUUUUUAUUUGCCUCUGUUACAGCAAUGAGAGCAGGUGAAUGUUUCACGCCAAGGAGCCAGUUAAGAGUCCAAUGUGCUUCUGCUCUAGGUCCUGCAGAGGGGACAGAGACAUGGUUCAAAUUUAGCUUUGGUUUCUUUUCCUCUUUUGUGUUUUGUUCUGGGGCAAGUGGAACAACUAAAAACUAUGCUGAGGCAAAGACAUUACUGAGUAAUUUUCUUAAAAUAAUUUUUUGUACUGAAUCAAGUCAGCAUCAGAAUUUCCUUGGGCAGGAGGCUUUAGACGGUGCUUUUAGGACAAUUUGAGUUUUUUGGCUUUAGACAAAAGAAAAGCCCUUCAGUCUUUCACUGAUGUCCUCGUGAUGCAAUCAUUUUUUUUUUUUUUAAAGGCUUUUGAUCAGUGAGAGUGACACUGACCAUCUGAUUCAGCAGAGGUAGCAGAAAACGUUAACAAGGAUGUGUCUUGAUGUGCGUAGCGUAUAUAGGAAGCUGUGAAGAACCUGUGGUUUGGACCGUAGAAACAAAUCAAUUUGUUAUUUAAGGGAGACGGUUAAUUCAAAAGCAGUUUAACUGUGGACCAAUAGAUAGAUAGAGACCCUCCCUUCAGUGUUCUUGACUGACUGCCAUGAGAAUAAAAGAGAAAUGCAAGAGAAGAGGACAACGAUGGUGCUGUGGUCUGAGUCAGAGUGCUGAAAGUCCCAUGUUUGUCAGUGUAUCAUUGUGCUUCUGUGGGACCUCUUAAACACUGUGUGGUCUUGGACCCAGGCUUGCACCAUCUUUUAAACUCUUUCACCUGCUUAGCCAGAGACAGAGGGUAGAAGAGCUAACAGUUGCUGAGAAAAAUCAUCAACAGACCUCACGUUGAAGCAGCUAUGUUGUAUAAUAUGCUUUGUGGGUGUUUUUCAUAGGAAAAAAAAGUAAACCGAGGAGUUGUCGAGCGGUGAACCAGACACAACUGCCUCUAUAAAUGUUGCCAUUUCUUUUCUACACAGGAGCGGUGGUCCUAUUUCUAAAUGGAUGUCCGGACUUAAAUCUGGCGUCCGUCAUCACACCACUAACGCCAUUUGGUGUGUGUUAACACUGCCUGUACCAAACCUCCCCUUCCAUGUACAACAAUAAAUGAGGUCUGUUUACAAUCGGAGGCGGCUGCGCACUGAAACCAAAAACAUUCCCAAUGUGCACCACAAGACGAGCGAGUAAUGCCAUCCAAUGUACCCGUGUUCAUCUUGGAUGUAUUAUUUUAGAAUUAUGCAUUCACAUUUAAAUAAAUAUAAAAAUAUUAAAAUAAAAACAUAUAUGUACAGUGCAGGCUAUGUUGUAAAUGGCACAAUUGUUGAAAAAGAAUGAACUUUUUGAGAGAAGCUAUAAAUAUUGUACUAUAUUGUUUUAUUUUAUUGGCAUGCUUUGUGUUUUUUGUAAAUACAGAAUUUUAAAAAUGUUACUACUAAUAAUCAAAAAGUGAAUAAUAAUAUAGAAUGGCUUCCAGUUAUGCCCUUUGUCACAUUUGUUACUUUUCAGAUCUUUUGAGACACUUUUCACUUUGUUGAUGGAGAUUGAAUGAAAUAUAGAUAUUAUAUAACACAAAAGAUAUAUACAUGUAUACAUAAAUGUCUAUAUGUAUAUACAUAAAGCAGAAGAACACUGUCACAUUUGAUUUUAUGUGCAACACGUUCUGUGGAUGUCUAAAACUGGGUGUUUCCAGCACUCUUGGGGAAAUGAGCUCAACGUUACUGGAUGUAGCCUGAUCAUGACAAAAAGGAAAAUGUUACCAGCACAUUUCUCACCUAACUGUUAUAUUUAUCACCUUCGGCGUAUAAGACACACCUACAGUCAAAAAAAAAAAAAAAAAACCCACCAAGGUGACUCUUCACUGCCCACCAGUUUUACCGAAGGACGACCGAAAACUACUUUUACCUGCAGAAAAUCCACACAUCAGUGCCAUUACAGCUCAACACACGUGCAGUCAUGUCGUCAUCCUCACUCUUCUUUUGUUUAAUCGUUUGUUUUUAUUUCUCCACUCGAUGGCAUGUGCCUUUUUUUCUGCUUUUUCUGCAAAUCUGGAUGUCAAUGCCACACAAGAUAAACCACAACGAAUAAAAUAGAGAAAAAAUAAACAUGUUUUUGGAGGGUGGGGGGGAUUUGGGGUUUAGUACAAUAAUAAUCAUGGAGUCAGAUGAUCAUCCAGACACCCUCCACUUCAUUCUUGGUAAUCAACAUUGUGUGAUGUUAACAGAAAAAAAAAAAAAACAGCUAGCUCAAAAAAAAA